AUGGAACAUAUUGCUAGCUGUCGAAAAGCUUUGAGUCAGUGGAGGAGACAGAAUAAUGUGAAUUCAGAAAAACUAGUGGAAGAGCUUAAGGAAAAGGUGGAAGAUCUAUACUCGAAUGAUGAUGCUACUACCGAGGAAAUAGCAGAUGCUCUGAAAGAACUAUCUACUGCUCUUAAGGCAGAAGAGAUGGCAAGAAAUAGGAUCACACAACUUCUAGAUGACAAUGGAAAUGUGGUGGAGGAUGAAGAAGGAUUAGUAGCCAUUGCUACUAGUUAUUUCAGACAAAUUUUCGAGUCUUCAAAUCCGGAAGAUAUAGCUGAUGCAUUGGAAAAUGUCUCGACAACGAUAACUGGGGCAAUAAAUGAGGAUCUUACAACUCCAGUAACUGAAUGGGAAGUUAAAGCAAUGUUCGCCAUGUAUCCAGAGAAAGCCCCAGGACCAGAUGGGAUGACAGCCCUAUUUUAUCCGAAGUUUUGGGAUAUUGUCAAAGAGGAUUUAACUCGUAUGGUUAAUCAGUUUCUUUUUGACGGAACAAUGGCUCAAGGGCUAAAUGACACCAAUAUCUGCCUAAUUCCUAAAACGGAUAAGACCAACGAAAUGACAAAGUUUAGACCGAUCAGCCUAUGUAACGUCAGCUACAAGAUUAUAUCUAAGUCAGCCUUUGUUGCGGGUAGACAAAUUACAGAUAAUAUAAUGAUAGCCCAGGAGAUGUUCCACGCACUGAGAACAAAGCUAGCUGGGAGAGUCAAGAGAAUGGCCAUUAAAACGGAUAUGAGUAAAGCGUAUGAUAGAAUGGAAUGGUCUUUCAUUGAGGCGGUUAUGCAGAAGAUGGGUUUCUCAGAGAUUUGGAUUGGCUGGAUUAUGCGAUGCAUCACCUCGGUUAAUAAGAGGAUUGCAGUGAAUGAUAGACAGCAAAUCAAAGACACUCUUGGAAUCCAUAAUGAAGGGGGAAUGGGAACAUACUUGGGAAUACCAGAGGAUAUUAGCGGAUCUAGGUGCAAGCUCUUCGCUUUCCUAAAAGAAAAACUAUUACAUAGAGUGAAUGGUUGGACAGUGAGAUGGCUAUCGAAAGGAGGGAAGGAAGUUUUGCUCAAAUCUAUUCUCCUAGCUCUUCCCACAUAUGUCAUGUUAAGAUUUUUACUCCUUUUGGAGAUUUGCGAGAACCUUGCAAGUGCCAUAACACAAUUCUGGUGGGGCUCAAACCCACCAAAACGAGGGAUUCACUGGGCUAAAUGGGAAAAGAUGUGUGCUCCCAGAGAGGAAGGUGGAGUUGGAUUCCGCAUGAUCCAUGAAUUUAAUUUAGCUCUGCUAGCAAAGCAGCUAUGGCGUCUUGUUCAAUACCCGGAUUCAUUAGUAGCGAGAGUACUUAAGGGAAUAUAUUACCGUCUCAGUUCGCUCAUGCGAAUUGCUGCGGUGGAUAACCCAUCUUAUGUGUGGACGAGUAUUUCAGCGGCGAAGAAGCUUUUACUUUUGGGUAUCAGGAGUAAAGUGCAUUUAGGAUAUGAAAUCAAUGUCUGGCAGGAUCCAUGGAUUCCCGACCCAGGGCCCCAGUGGUAA